CUUUUUCUCUGUAUAAAUACUCACCAGAAGUGCUAAGGAGAGAGAAAGUAGAAGAAGAAGUAGAGAGAGACAGAGAACAAGGAGGAAGAAGAAAUAGAGAAAGCGCACUAAAAACGACAUCUCGUUUCUCUUGCUUUUUCCAAAAAUUCUCCGAUCUGUGUAUAGAUAUAGGAAAAAAGAAGGAUAAUAAAUAAUGUCCUCGCUUAGCAGAGAGCUUGUGUUUCUCAUACUUCAAUUUCUCGAUGAAGAGAAAUUUAAAGAGACUGUUCACAAGUUGGAGCAAGAGUCAGGGUUUUUCUUCAACAUGAGGUGUUUCGAGGAUAUGGUGACAAAUGGAGAAUGGGAUGAGGUGGAGAAGUACCUCUCGGGAUUCACGAAGGUUGAUGAUAACAGAUAUUCAAUGAAGAUUUUCUUCGAGAUUCGAAAGCAGAAGUACCUCGAAGCUUUGGACAAGCGGGAUCGUGCAAAAGCAGUGGAUAUUUUAGUGAAGGACUUGAAAGUGUUCGCAACAUUCAAUGAAGAACUUUUUAAAGAAAUUACGCAACUGCUGACAUUGGAUAACUUUAGAGAUAAUGAACAACUAUCAAAAUAUGGAGAUGCUAAAUCUGCUAGAAGUAUAAUGCUCGCUGAACUGAAAAAAUUAAUAGAGGCUAACCCUCUCUUUCGAGACAAGCUUCAAUUUCCAACAUUGAAGAACUCAAGAUUGCGAACACUCAUUAAUCAGAGUUUAAAUUGGCAGCAUCAGCUUUGUAAGAAUCCAAGGCCUAAUCCUGAUAUAAAGACCCUAUUUGUGGAUCACAGUUGUGGACAAUCAAAUGGGGCACGGGCUCCAUCCCCAGUCACUAAUCCGUUAAUGGGUGCUGUGCCUAAGGCAGGGGUUUUCCCACCACUGAGCGCUCAUGGCCCAUUUCAAGCCACACCUGCUGCUGCUCUUCCAACAUCUCUAGCUGGAUGGAUGGCAAAUCCAUCUGCUGUUCCUCACCCAUCGGCUUCUGCUGGUCCAGUUGGUUUGUCUGCUCCUAAUAAUGCAGCAGCAAUCAUAAAGCGUCCUAGGACUCCUCCUACGAAUAACCCAGCUAUGGAUUAUCAAACAGCGGAUUCUGAACAUGUAUUGAAGAGAACAAGACCAUUUGGAAUAUCAGAUGAGGUCAGUAAUCUACCGGUAAAUAUUCUGCCUGUUGCAUACACUAGCCAGAGCCAUGGACAGAGUUCCUACUCUUCUGAUGACUUGCCCAAGACUCCUGUUAUGUCUUUGAAUCAAGGUUCAGCUGUCAAGAGCAUGGAUUUCCACCCGGUGCAACAAUUUCUACUUCUCGUUGGAACAAACAUGGGAGAUGUCAUGGUAUGGGAGUUGGGCAGCAGGGAAAGGCUUGCUGUAAAGAAUUUUAAAGUUUGGGAACUCGGUGCACGCUCAGUGGGUCUGCAGGCAUCUCUUACCAAUGAUUAUACAGCAUCAGUUAACCGUGUAGUGUGGAGUCCUGAUGGAUCUCUUUUUGGUGUUGCAUACUCCAAGCACAUUGUGCAUCUAUAUUCCUACCAUGGUGGUGAUGACGUGAAGAACUAUCGCGAGAUUGAAGCUCAUGUUGGGAGUGUUAAUGAUCUUGCUUUCUCUUAUCCAAAUGAGCGGCUAAGUGUUGUCACUUGUGGAGAUGACAGGGUCAUUAAGGUUUGGGAUCCAGUUACUGGAAAUCCAAAAUUUACUUUUGAGGGUCAUGAUGCACCUGUAUAUUCUGUUUGUCCACAUCAUAAAGAAAGUAUUCAGUUUAUCUUUUCAACGGCUACUGAUGGAAAGAUAAAGGCAUGGUUGUAUGAUCAUGGGGGUUCUAGAGUUGACUAUGAUGCACCAGGCCACUCAUCUACCACAAUGGCGUACAGUGCCGACGGAACAAGGUUAUUCUCCUGUGGGACAAAUAAAGAAGGAGAAUCACACUUGGUGGAAUGGAAUGAAAGUGAAGGAACUGUUAAGCGUGCUUAUAUUGGUCUUGGGAAGCGAUCUGUGGGGAUUGUGCAAUUUGAUACUACUAAGAACCGCUUCUUGGCUGCUGGUGAUGAGUUCAUGGUCAAAUUCUGGGAUAUGGACAAUCUCAGCCUGUUAACAAGCAUUGAUGCAGAUGGUGGAUUACCGGCUUCUCCUUGUGUUAGAUUCAACAAGGAGGGAGCGUUAUUAGCUGUCUCAACAAAUGACAAUAGCAUUAAAAUUCUAGCUAAUUCAGAUGGUAUUAGACUGCUACGGACAGUCGAGAAUCGUGAUAGAGCUGCUUCUGCAGCUAUUGUGAAGGCCCCUUCAAUUGGCAAUUUUCCUUCUACCAAUGCUACUGUUGGAACCAGCAUUGGGGAUAGAGUUGCUCCUGUGCCACCCAUGGUUGGAAUACAGAACAGUGAUAGCCGGAGUUUGGUAGAUAUAAAACCUAGAAUUGGAGAUGAACCAGCAGAAAACUCUAGAAUCUGGAAAGUUACUGAAAUAAAUGAGCCAUCACAGUGUCGAUCUCUGAGGCUCCCUGAUAACAUGACAGCCAUGAGGAUUGCUAGAUUGAUUUAUACAAAUUCUGGACUUGCUAUAUUAGCAUUAGCAUCAAAUGCAGUACACAAGCUAUGGAAGUGGCAGAGAAAUGAUCGAAAUCCUAAUGGGAAGGCCACUGCUAAUGUAGUACCACAGUUGUGGCAACCUGCUAGUGGUAUACUGAUGACUAAUGAUAUAAGUGAAACAAAUCCUGAAGAUGCUGUCCCAUGCUUUGCACUAUCAAAGAAUGACUCUUAUGUUAUGUCUGCUUCUGGAGGAAAAAUCUCUCUUUUCAAUAUGAUGACAUUUAAGACAAUGACUACUUUCAUGCCCCCUCCGCCAGCUGCUACAUUUCUGGCUUUUCAUCCUCAGGACAAUAAUAUAAUUGCUAUUGGCAUGGAGGACUCCUCUAUUCAAAUUUAUAAUGUCCGCGUUGAUGAGGUCAAAACUAAGUUGAAGGGUCAUCAGAAAAGAAUUACAGGCCUUGCUUUCUCUCACUCUCUAAAUGUUCUUGUUUCUUCUGGAGCCGACUCUCAGUUGUGUGUUUGGAGCACAGAUGGGUGGGAGAAGCAGGCUAGCAAAUUCUUGCAAGUUCCACAAGGACGAAGUUCAGCUUCUCUUGCGGAUACACGUGUUCAAUUUCAUGUUGACCAGACGCAUCUGCUGGCAGUUCAUGAAUCACAAAUAGCGAUAUAUGAAGCACCAAAAUUAGAAUGUCUUAAACAGUGGUUCCCGCGGGAAGUGAGUGGUCCAAUCACGCAUGCCACAUAUUCCUGUGACAGCUCGUCCAUAUAUGUUAGCUUUGAAGAUGGCAGCGUGGGUGUUCUCACUACGUCAACACUAAGAUUGAGAUGCAGAAUAAAUCCAAUGGCUUAUUUACCUCCCAAUCCUAGCUUGAGGGUAUACCCUCUUGUCAUUGCAGCCCAUCCAUCUGACCCUAAUCAGUUUGCAUUAGGGCUAAUGGACGGAGGAGUCCAUAUCCUGGAGCCAUUGGAGACUGAGGGAAAAUGGGGCACCUCACCUCCCGUCGAAAAUGGUGCCGGUCAUAGCACCACUUCAGGUGCAGCUGGUUCAGAACAAGCUCAAAGGUGACUAGAGCACGUGCUGUGGCUUUCACAAAGGACUUGAGUGUAUGUAUUUCAAGCUGAUCCCGCUCCCUGGGCCCACUCCAACGUGAUUUUGAAGGGGAAGCUGCGGAAAUUAGGUGGUUAUAGGUUUAAUAUACACACUUGAGCUAUACACCAACUCAACCUGACAGGGGUUAUUGUACAAGUGUCAUUGUAACUAGGGAAGUAAGUGCUCUGAAAAUAGUAUUGUCUUAAAAAGGGGUACCUGUGUCAGGAAGUUAUGAAUAGGUUGGGCUGUUUUAUAUGCUCAUUUUUAGUUUCGAGAAUAGUUAUCUGAUUAAUUCUAUCAUUGCUUCUCUACUUUUUUUCUCUUUAUUUUUUAAAUUUUGGUUUCUAUUCUUCUGAAAUGGAAAUGUUCUUUUUAUUUUUAUUAA